AGAAGAAGAGUUUCGCUUGGACUCUCCUACCGCUAGCAGGAUUUGAUUGUAUUGUUGGGCGUUUAAAUCCAACUGCUGAUGAUUAAAACACUAACAACGAUGUCUGAAGGGGAUAGUUUGAGAGAACUGGUCACAGAGAGACUAACGGCUGCUGCUGAAGACAUAUUUGAGCUGGUUAAAACUACUAUCGUGGAGUACAAGGAGGAGCUCGAGCGCCAACGGAAACGGUUGGAAAUCUUGAGCCCUGCAGUCUACCUGCACAGAAUAGAUGUGCCACAGCAACUUGUGUGUAAAGAAGAGGAGUCUCUGUCUGACCAGGAGAAGAACUCCAGUCUGGACCAAGAGGAGGCAGAGCCUCCACGGAUUAAAGAGGAACCAGAGGAACCCUGCAGCAUUCAGGAGGGAGAGCAGCUUGAACUGAAGGAGGAGACUGACACGUUUGUGUUGACUCCUGCUCAUGAAGAAAGAGACCACAGUAAACCAGAACUACAUGAACAGCAGUUCUUCUCUAGUUUGAGAGAAUUGAUCAGAGAGAGACAAAAGGCUGCUGCUGAAGACAUAUUUGAGCUUGUUCAAACUACUGUCGUCGAGUACAAGGUGGAGCUGGUGCGUCAACGGAAACUGCUGGAUAUCUUCUUGAACCCUGCAGUCUACCUACACAGAAUAGAUGUGCCACAGCAACUUGUGUGUAAGGAAGAGGAGGUUGUACUUAGCAAGCAGCUCUGUAACCAGGAUAGAAACUCCAGUCCAGACCAAGAGGAGGCAGAGCCUCCAUGGAUUAAAGAGGAACCAGAGGAACCCUGCAGCAUUCAGGAGGGAGAGCAGCUUGAACUGAAGGAGGAGACUGACACGUUCAUGUUGACUCCUGCUCAUGAGGAAAGAGACCACAGUGAACCAGAACUACAUGAACACCAGCUCCUUUCUGACAGUACUCAUGUUGCUGAGGAUCAAGAUCCUGCAGGAAGCAAGGACAAGGACUCAGAAUCAAGUAGAAAUUCAGAGUCAAACAUUCCUGACAAAAUCCAUCAAAACAGUCACAACACUGAUGUAUCAGAGAAUCAAUGUAAUCCUCUUUCAGAUCAGCCAUCUUUUAAAUGUUGCAUUUGUGGUGAAAGUUUUAAGAACAAGUUAGCUUUUCAGUCACAUCAGCGUGUCCACAGUGGUAAAGAAACACAUUCUUGUAAGAUUUGUGGGAAAAUGUUCAAUUUGAAAUCUUUAUUAACAGCUCAUGUAAGAAGUCACACAGGUGAAAAGCCUUUCACUUGCACAACCUGUGGUAAAGGAUUUGUUCAGAUGUCAAACUUGAAAAAGCACAACAUGAUACAUACAGGUGAGAAGCCUUUUACUUGUACAACAUGCGGCAAAUCUUUCACACAACAACAAAACCUGAAAGUCCACAUGCAUACGCACACAGGUGAGAAGCCUUUUACAUGUACAACAUGUGGCAAAUCUUUCACACAACAAAGAGACUUGAAAGUCCACAUGCGUACACACACAGGUGAGAAGCCUUAUUCCUGCAGCAUCUGUGGAAAAAGGUUCUUUCAUCAAAAAAGUCUUAGAGUUCACAACAGAAUUCAUACAGAUGACUGGCUGUUCAGUUGCAAUACAUGUGGCAAAACUUGUAGAAGCAGUAAUGACCUGAAAAAACAUGUAGAAAGGGUCCACUUAGGUAAGCGGCCUCACUCAUGCAGCACCUGUGGAAAAGGCUUCUAUUCAAAGACAGAGUUAACAUUGCACAUGAUGAUUCAUUCAAAUGAGAAGCCGUACCCCUGUAGUAGCUGUGGGGCAUCAUUCAAGAAAAGACAAAACUUGAUUAGGCACACAGAAUCAAAAAGAUGUUUGAAGAGGGCUACAGGAAAUCUCCAGCUGUUUGACUCAGUUACCAAUUAAAGAAAGAAUCUUGAUUUUCACUGUAUUAAAUGCUCUGGUUUGUAUGGGUUGUACAUGUGUAGUCCAAUCUGUAUUGACUAGUCCCCUUUCAGCACUAUUUGAUGUACACAGUUGUGUCAACCACAAUAAAACAAGCAGAAUGAAAGCAUUGUUUACUUGCAUUGUUUUGUUGGGAUAUACUAAGACAACAAAAUCCAUCCCUGUAACACUGUAGCACCACACUGUGGAGAGUUAACCAGGGAAGCCACUUUUAACCACUUUUUUCACUCUUUAAGGGAGAUUCAUCCAUCAAACCAAAAUGCUGAAUUUCUGGAUAUCUGUUGUGUUAUUGUUUUGAUUUAGAGCCCUUCAGCAGCGGAAUUAACAUACUGUUAAAUUUCAAGAUUCUAUGAAGGUUUGACAUACUGUAUGUCGGACUUUACAUUCAUUUUUUAUGCAGGUUUUUGAUUGUUUAUGCUGUUGCAAAUGUGUGUCAUAUUUUUGCCACUUCUCCAAAACAUUGGACUAACUUGA